GACUGCGCAGGCGCACCGGCCGGACUACGGGACGCCGCUGAGCCAAGUGGCCGAAAGGGGCACGGCUGCGCUCCUGGGUCACGUGACACGGAGGGGGUCCGAAUUCUGGUGGAGGCAGCGCCCUAUCCUGGAGGUGAAGGUGACGUAACGUGGGGCUGAGAUUUGGGGUCCCGUUGUGGAAAGAGAGGCGGGGCUUCCGCUUGUCCAUUGAGAAGUAGGUGCCACCUCAUGGAGAUCCCGGAGGCCGCCGCCCCUGUCGGGAGUUUCUUCCCCUUCUUUCUGCUCCUGGCCUGCGGGACGCUGGUGGCCGCCUUGCUGGGCGCCGCGCACCGCCUGGGACUCUUCUAUCAGCUGCUGCACAAGGUGGACAAGGCAAGCGUCCGGCAUGGCGGAGAGAACGUGGCCAUUGUGCUGAGGGCCCAUGGCGUGCGGUUCGUCUUCACGCUGGUCGGUGGGCACAUUUCCCCGCUGCUGGUGGCCUGUGAGAAACUGGGCAUCCGUGUGGUGGACACACGCCAUGAGGUCACAGCUGUCUUUGCUGCCGAUGCUACUGCCCGCCUGUCUGGAACGGUGGGAGUGGCAGCAGUGACGGCUGGCCCUGGCCUCACCAACACAGUGACUGCGGUGAAGAACGCUCAGAUGGCCCAUUCCCCAGUCUUGCUUCUGGGUGGGGCCGCCAGCACUCUGCUGCAGAACCGGGGUGCGCUCCAGGCCGUGGAUCAGCUGUCCCUGUUUCGGCCACUCUGUAAGUUCUGUGCAUCCGUGCGGAGGGUUCGGGACAUCGUGCCCACCCUCAGGGCCGCAAUGGCUGCUGCCCAGUCGGGCACCCCAGGUCCGGUGUUUGUGGAGCUGCCCAUUGAUGUGCUGUACCCCUACUUCAUGGUCCAGAAGGAGAUGGUGCCAGCCAAGCCACCCAAGGGCCUUGUGGGCCGAGCGGUCUCCUGGUAUUUAGAGAAUUACCUGGCCAACCUCUUUGCAGGGGCCUGGGAGCCUCAGCCUGAGGGCCCGCUGCCCCUGGACAUCCCCCAGGCUGCCCCCCAGCAGGUUCAGCGCUGUGUGGAGAUCCUGAGCCGGGCCAAGAGGCCCCUGAUGGUCCUAGGGAGUCAGGCCCUGCUCACUCCGACGCCCGCUGACAAGCUUCAGGCUGCUGUGGAGACCCUGGGUGUUCCCUGCUUCCUCGGGGGGAUGGCACGGGGGCUGUUAGGCCGAAAUCACCCCCUCCACAUACGGCAGAACCGCAGCGCGGCUCUGAAGAAGGCGGAUGUCAUUGUCUUAGCAGGAACCGUGUGCGACUUCCGCCUAUCCUAUGGGCGUGUCUUCAGCAGCAGCAGCAAGAUCAUCAUCAUCAAUCGGAACCGGGAAGAGAUGUUGCUCAACUCAGACAUCUUCUGGAAGCCCCAGGAGGCUGUGCAGGGAGAUGUGGGUUCCUUCGUGCUGAAGCUUGUGGAAGGCCUUCAGGGCCAGACGUGGGCCCCAGACUGGGUGGAGGAGCUGCAGGAAGCUGAUCGGCAGAAGGAGCAGACAUUUCGGGAGAAGGCAGCAGUGCCUGUGGCUCAGCACCUCAACCCAGUGCGGGUGCUGCAGCUGGUGGAGGAAACGCUACCUGAUAACUCGAUUCUGGUGGUAGACGGCGGGGACUUCGUGGGCACUGCCGCACAUCUGGUACAGCCCCGCGGACCCCUGUGCUGGCUCGAUCCUGGGGCCUUUGGGACUCUGGGAGUUGGCGCCGGAUUUGCACUUGGGGCCAAGCUGUGCCGGCCAGAUGCCGAGGUCUGGUGCCUAUUUGGGGAUGGAGCUUUCGGCUACAGCCUCAUCGAAUUUGACACGUUUGUCAGACACAAGAUCCCAGUGAUGGCCUUGGUAGGGAAUGAUGCUGGCUGGACGCAGAUUUCCCGGGAGCAGGUGCCCUGCCUGGGCAGCAACGUGGCCUGUGGUCUGGCCUACACUGAUUAUCACAAGGCAGCCAUGGGUCUGGGGGCCCGGGGCUUGCUGCUCUCACGGGAGAACGAGGAUCAGGUGGUUGAGGUGCUGCACAACGCCCAGCAGCAGUGCCGAGAUGGCCACCCAGUCGUGGUAAACAUCCUCAUCGGGAGGACGGACUUCCGGGAUGGCUCCAUUGCUGUAUAGGGCCUUGUGGGUCAGGAUGCUUGGCAGCCUUCCUGCCCCUGGACUGUGUCCAGCUGGUUUGGAGUCUCAUCAUUGUUAGCCCUGGGCCUAUCCCAUGAGGCCAGAUGACUCCUCAACCUCCCUGAGGAGUGGAUGGAAGGGUCAAAGCUCUGAGAGGCUCCUGGUGAGCUCUUGGGCCUUCCUCUCCACAGACCCAGCUGUGCCCUUUGCCCUCUCUUAUGGAGACAGAAUAAACCACUCUGGCCCACGUGGGUGGAAGUAGUCAGUCUCA